CGUGCAUUGUGUACGGAAGUGUUAUACCACAGCUUGUAUCUCCCCUGAAGCUAACGUGAUUCCACACUUGUUCAUAUGGAUUAAGACGCACAUUCCUACUGCUUUUGUGGAAGCCACAGUAGCACCUUUCACAGCACCACAGUACAAUGGUGUUGCUUUUUAUAAAAAAAAAAGGCAGAUAGAGUUAAACUAUCUUUUGUGUACCGGCGAGUGAGAGGAAGUCGAAAAUGAGUUCUCAGGAUGUACUGAAGAAUGCGUCCACAUUAGCUUCAUAUAAUGUGUUGCUACAGGUGAUGUUUCGUGUACUCACAUUCUUGCUGAAUGCAUUUACUCUGCGGUUUGUGUCCAAAGAGCUGAUUGGAGUUGUAAAUGUCAGGCUUACCCUGCUAUACUCCACAUUAGUAUUUCUAUCCAGAGAAGCGUUUCGGAGAGCCUGUCUGAGUGGAGUAUCUGGGACUAACUACAGCUGGAGACAAGUUAUCAACCUGCUGUGGCUAACGUUGCCCCUGGGUGUGUUAUGGGCAGCCCUGCUGGUCUGUGUGUGGCUGUGGUUCCUGGAGCUCCCCAACCAACAAACUAUUCCUUACUACGGCUCUGCAGUGGUCCUGUUUGCCCUGUCAGGAGUGCAGGAGCUCCUGGCUGAGCCCCUCUGGGUCCUGGCUCAAGUUCACAUGUUUGUGCGACUGAAAGUGGUUGCUGAGAGCUUCGCAAUGAUCGCUAAGUGCAGUAUAACUGUGGUGCUCGUGGUGUUUGCCCAUGAAUGGGGCCUUUACAUCUUCUCUGCUGCUCAUCUGGUGUACACAGGAUUUCUGGUGCUGUGCUAUGCUGUUUACUUCAUCCGUUUCUUGGGCUCUCAAGAAGCGGCCAAGAAGGGGUUUCCUCUGAAAUGUGUUGGAGAUCUGUUGCCCUCUAGAGCUAAAGGAGAGCCGCUGAUUGAUUGGACUCUGGCCCGGCUCACAUGGAGCUUCUUCAAGCAGUCCUUCCUGAAGCAGAUCCUCACUGAGGGGGAGCGCUACGUUAUGACCUUCCUGAACGUCCUCAGCUUCGGAGAUCAGGGAGUUUAUGAUAUCGUCAAUAAUCUGGGCUCAAUGGUGGCUCGCUUCAUCUUCCUGCCUAUCGAGGAAAGCUUCUACAUCUUCUUUGCCAAAGUUCUGGAGCGAGGACGUGAUGCCAGGAGUCAGAAACAGGAAGAGGUUGCCAUUGCAGCAGAAGUCCUGGAGCGUCUGCUGAAACUGGUGCUGGUGGUUGGACUGAUUAUCACUGUGUUUGGCUACGCCUUCUCUCACUUGGCUCUGGAUAUAUACGGCGGCUCUCUACUGAGCAGCGGGGCAGGUCCCACCUUGCUGCGAUGCUACAGCUGCUAUGUUCUCCUUCUGGCUGUAAACGGUGUCACGGAGUGCUUUGUAUUUGCUGCCAUGAGCCAAGAAGAGGUCGACAAGUAUAACUUGGUGAUGCUGGCUCUGUCUGUGUCCUUCCUGUUCCUCUCCUACAUGCUGACGUGGUGGGCUGGCUCGGUGGGCUUCAUACUGGCAAACUGCCUCAACAUGGGCCUCCGCAUCAUGCACAGUGUUCUUUACAUACAUCACUACUUUCUGCCCACUCAGUGGAAACCUCUGCGUGGCCUUUUGCCCUCCCCACUCCUCCUGCUGGCACUCGCUGUCAGCACUGUUGUAACAGCGCUGUCUGAGGGUGUGUUCUGCUGUGACGGUGGCUGGUUGCUGAGGCUGGUGCACAUCAGUGUAGGAGCAGUGUGUCUCCUCAUUGUGUUUGUCACUGUUGUUCUCACAGAGACUCAGCUCAUUCAGUUUGUGAGGACUCAGCUCUUGCCCCGAUACAGGAAAAAACACACUUAAAUUAGACUUGGAGUGUGUUAACUGGACUGGAAGAAAGCUUCUGUUUCACCACAAACAGGAGCCAUGAUUGACCAUUACUGACAAUACCAAAGCAACGAGGGAACAAGUUU